GUCCGAUCGUCACGUGUUCGGCCGGUAUUAGGGUUGUAAGGGCUACCACCACGGUGUACAGUGUACACUACUCCAAAAUAUCUUUUGCAUUUAAAAUGCUUUCCUAUACUCUAUAUUGCAUAGAUAUCCAGACUCUGCGUCUAGGGAUUCUAACGUGCGCAACCCAGUAGCGCCCAAUAGCGACUGAGCAAGCUCUGAAAGCAACCAAAAGCAACAAAUUGUUACUUGUUGCGCAUUGCCAGUUUCUUGCUCCGAUCUGCUCCGAUCUGCUCCGAUCUAUCGGAUUGAUUAGGCUGCGUCACCAUUUAAUCAUCGCCGAGUCCCGAGGGAGAUCAAGUCGCGUUAUUUUCAGCGACGACGAGAUUAUUCAAGGAAGAGAACGCACGAAGCGGCAGGUGCGUGGAGGAGCUGAAGGAGGAGGAAGAUGACGACGAUGACGCGCCCCUUGAUGUAGGCCAUUUUGCGUGGCGUCGGAACUGAUGAAAGGGCCUGUUCCUUCAGGGGCAAACAGCAUUUGCUCGCUCUCCCUUUUUCAGGUGCAAACUCUUGAAGUUUAGGACGUUGCGUAUGGCUUGCAGAUGUUUGUGAUGUGGAACGGAAACAGCAAGUAAGGAAAGGCUGAUCUACCCGAAGACGAUACUUUUUGAACGGUUGAAAAAGGAAACGUCCUGGAGACAGAAAUCACUACGUGACACAAUGGCAGAAGUAGCGCAGGAGAUAGAGAUAGUGAAGAUUAAGGAGUGCACCGAAGACACGUUUAUUGAUGAAGCUACAGAGAUCUUGUUUGAUGGGGAUAUCUCACAGGGAGAUAUAGUUGUGGCUAAUACAUCAGCCACUGACAGUGAGAAAGAUGAUCUAGUUAUUUCGAUUGUAACUGAUUAUCAAUGUGUGACAUGUCAUCGUAUUUUUCAAUCAGAGGAUAUGUUGCAGAAGCACGUAGAUGUGUGCAGAGAAGAAGAUGACUCAACCAAUAUUAUUGGGCUUGAUGAUUUGACAAAUUACGAUUCAGAAGAGGAUGAGAAUGAGGAUGAGGAUGAGGAUGAUCCUGAUCCUUUACGUUUAGAUUUUAAUACUGAAGAUUCGAAUCAAAAGAAUAAUAAUGAAAAACCUGUCAUCAAGCCUGUGCCUGAAACGCAGUGUCAUUGUUGUGCGGAAGACUUAAAGACAGCACACAGCGGCGGAGAGUACAAGUGUUCACAUUGUGACCUCAGUUUCAAGAAAAAGGCAUCUCUAGAUAGACACGAUAUAGUCAUACACUGGAAGUGCGAAUCGUGCACAUGCAACGAAUGCGGCUCUUCUUUUCGCGAUAAGAAAGCUUUGAAUAAGCAUCGUUACACGACACACGGAGAUCGUAAAAUUUUCAAAUGUGAGCCUUGCGACACUUACUUCUCUCGGAGCUAUCACUUAAAUCGGCAUAUAAUGCAGUCUGGUUGUCACGGUAACAUACUUAAUACGUUCAGUUGCCAAGUUUGCAAGAAAGAUUUUACGCGUAAAGACAAUUUGCGGGAACACUUACGUACUCAUGCGGGAACACCCCAGAGACAAAAAAAGAAGUGCAAAUAUUGUCCGAAGGAAUUCUUUACGAACCAACAGUUGUUGGUGCACGAACGCAUGCACACGGGAGAACGACCGGUCCAAUGCGAUUUAUGCCCGAAGACAUUCCUAUCACCGCUCGCAUUGAAAAAGCAUCGCCGUGUACAUACCGGGGAAAAGCCGUUUGAGUGUAAAUAUUGUCAGAGGAAAUUUGCCGCUCGCGAAACAUUGAAUCGUCAUCAACGGACCCAUACGGGCGAGAAACCGCACGUAUGUCAGUAUUGUGGCAAAUCGUUUAUACAGGCAGCGCAAUUAAGAGCACAUGUGUUCCAUCAUACCGGAGAGAAUGGUUUCUAUUGUGAUGUGUGCGGCAAGGCGUUUAAUCGGAAAGCGCGUUUGAAUAUCCACAAGAAAUUCGUACAUGAAGGAGCAAUUCCAUUCUCGUGUGACGUCUGCGAUAAGGGUUUCACGCGAAGAGAGGACUUGGUGAAACACAGACUAUUACACACUGGCAUUAAACCAUUCAAAUGCGACAAGUGUCCGAAAGCUUUUUCGGCGAAAUCAUCGUUGCAGGCUCACCUCAACACCCACAGACGCGAACCACCCCAGUCGUGCGUCGAAUGCAACAGAGUGUUCAUUCGGCAAGACUGCCUGAUGCGGCACAUUCGAGCAAGGCAUCGAGAGCUGUUGGAGGACGUGAUGAAUGAGGUCGAGAAGAAGCAUUUGCAAACACAAUUGUACAACAUUGCGUCGAUGGCUGCCGCCAAGAUGAAGACCGGCGAAUCAAGAAGACUCUCCUCCGUCGAAUUGUUAAAUGCUAUCAGAGAUCUCUUGAGAAUACUUAUCGACGAGGAAACGUUGCAGUUGUUCGGUUGGCCGGAAACUCCGACACAAGACAUCCUCGAGGCCGUGAUUAGAAGAUGCGGCCACGAGCCGAUAACAGCAGAAAGCAGCAUGAUACUCACUGAGAGGCUACGACAAAACGUAAAGCUCUUGUUCACCGUUGUCGUCGACACAGUGAACGAUGAUACGGUCAAGUCUCUUUUGUCAACAAAAACGGUGGACGAUGUCAUUCUCCACGUCUUAGAAGUAUCUAAUUCGGAUUAAGAACAGAAGGAUUAUAAGAAACAUUCUUAUACAAGAAACAAGGUUUUUAUGAAUGUUUCAGAAUUUUAUACAAACUUAAAAAAGAAUAAAUAAAUGAAUCUAUCCCAGAUAACACAUAGUCUAAAAUCAGGUCAUUAAGACGUUUUUUUUAAGAUUAUUGGAAAUGUGUCUUUAAGAAGUUUCAUGACCUGGGCAUGUAUUCUAUUAUACACGCUUUUUAUUUUUAACGUUAGUUGUUACGCAGACAUAAUAAAAAAGCUGCGCAAAGACGUUGACAGGUAUCGUGAAAAAGAAAAGCAUGUAUAAAAUCCUGAUUUGAAACUGUUGUCUGGGAUAUAAAUUGUAGAAAGAUAUAAUCGGGAAAUAUUGAUAGGUUUGUGAAAAUUUUCAAGUUUUAGAGAGGUAAGUUAUCAAUCAUUGCAUCAAAUUCUAUAGUUUAUAAUACAUAUCUUUUUGAGUAUUUUUUAAGGAUUAUUAUCAGAUCAGAGAUUGAUUGUACAAACGAGAUUCAUAUGAUACGUGCACGUAUGCAUACGCAAACACACAUACAUAUAUAUAUGUAUAUACUUUACAUUUUAUGUGGACAUAGGUGAAUAAAGUACACAAGUUUGUCAUAAAAAAAAAAAAA